AUGUCAAUACAAAUCCAACAUUUCUUUCAAGACAACAUCAAUAAAAUAGUCAAUAUGAGUGCUUCAAUUGAAAAGCCUUGCGUCCAUGAAGGGGGAAUAAGGCCAUAUUUCGAACAACAAAUACAAGAUACAGAGAUCAGAAUCCAACAAACCACACAAAACUUGCGUCGUUUGGAAGCCCAACGUAAUAAAUUAAACAACAAAGUAAGACAAUUGAAAGAUGAGUUGCGAUUGUUACAAGAGCCAGGAUCAUAUGUGGGAGAAGUUGUUAAAGUCAUGGGAUUGAAGAAAGUAUUGGUCAAGAUCCAUCCUGAAGGUAAAUUCAUUGUCAAUGUUACUAAGGAUAUUGAUGUUAAAAAGUUGACCCCAUCUAUCAGAGUUUGUUUAAAAGCAGACUCCCACGACUUGUAUAAGAUCUUACCAAACAAGGUAGAUCCAUUGGUGUCAUUGAUGAUGGUGGAAAAAGUGCCCGACUCUACUUAUGAUAUGGUGGGUGGUUUAGAUAAGCAAAUCAAGGAAAUCAAGGAAGUUAUCGAAUUACCAGUUAAACACCCAGAAUUGUUUGAAAGUUUGGGUAUAGCUCAACCAAAGGGUGUCAUAUUGUAUGGUCCACCAGGUACUGGUAAAACAUUAUUGGCAAGAGCAGUUGCUCAUCAUACUGAAUGUAAAUUUAUCCGUGUGUCUGGAUCAGAAUUGGUGCAAAAAUAUAUUGGUGAAGGUUCUCGUAUGGUUAGAGAAUUGUUCGUUAUGGCUAGAGAACAUGCGCCUUCUAUUAUUUUCAUGGAUGAAAUUGAUUCUAUUGGUUCGUCUCGUGUAGAGGGCUCAUCUGGUGGUGAUUCUGAAGUUCAAAGAACCAUGUUGGAAUUGUUGAACCAAUUAGAUGGUUUUGAAAGUUCUAAAGACAUCAAAAUCAUUAUGGCAACUAAUCGUUUGGAUAUAUUGGAUCCAGCUUUAUUAAGACCAGGUAGAAUUGAUAGAAAGAUUGAAUUCCCUGCACCAACUGUGGCUGCCAGAACAGAUAUUUUAAAGAUUCAUUCCAGAUCCAUGAACUUGACAAGAGGUAUCAAUUUACGUAAGAUUGCUGAAAAGAUGAAUGGUUGUAGUGGGGCUGAUGUCAAGGGGGUUUGUACUGAAGCUGGUAUGUAUGCAUUAAGAGAAAGAAGAAUUCAUGUCACCCAAGAGGAUUUUGAAUUAGCUGUUGCUAAAGUUAUGUCUAAGAAUGACGAAGGUACCGUCUCCUUACAAAAAUUGUUCAAAUAG